CCCUUUGUUCCCAUCCACCAUCAUUCUUCACGACGGAAUUGGCCUGCAACAAGGAGAAUACACACGUUGUUCUACAUCCACCGACUAUCUCGACGCAAUUUUCAGGAUAAAGGAAGAGAAAGAUGACGCUGGACCGGAUUUUAGAAAUCACACAAGAUCUCAGCGGGUUGGCGUUUUCGUCGUUCUUGUUCGUCCAUCUGGCCUCGCCCGUCGGAGCGGCGAUCGUCGGUCGAGAAGGCAGUAGUGAAUCGAUUGCCUCGAGUAUCCAGCUUGCCGGACGGGUAGUCUAUCGGGAUGGACGCUUGAGGGAGGCGAUCCUGGUCUGGAUCCCCUUGGGCACCCACUUCCUCGUCGGCCUUGUCCGACGGGUCACCCGUCUCAAUCGGCAGCGUCGAAUCCGGGCCCAGCUCGAGCUCCGUGCUCAGCUCGCCGAGGACCUGCCUCCCUCCGGCCGACGACUGGCUCGGGCGGCCCCGAAACAGUCAACCUUGCGAUGGCUCAAGAGCUAUCUACCAACCACCUCACACGCGAUCGCCGGAUACAUCGCCAUCCCCUUCCUGCUCGAUCACAUCUUCUCACAUCGUCUGAGCGCCAGCCCCUCCCUGCGUUCUUUUCAAUUCGUCAGCUUCAAUCUACAACACUCACCCGUCCUCGCCUCGAUCAAGUAUGUCUGCCUACUCUCGACCUCGCUCUACCACAGCUUGGUCGGACUGGAUCAAGUCUUCUCAAGACUCCUCCCAUCUAGCCCCCCCAAGCGCAAGUCCAUCUCCGAUUCUCAAAGAUCUCUCUCCGUCUGUCUCGGCUGGUUGGGCAUCGUUGGCACCGUCGGCUUAGGCAUCCGGAAGCUCGCGCGCGAACCAAUCCCCCUAUGGAUGGCAAGGAGAUACCAAUGAUGUCUCUGAUUUAUCCAUCAUCAUUGGUUUCGUCUAUCAUGCUUUAGCAUAACUUCUUCGAACUUCGCCGGCGUCAAUUUCUCAAUAUUCAUUCAAAUCUUUUCGCUUUCGUUUUUUUUCAUACUCCUCACUUCCAAUACAAUUGAUCCAUUGCGUACAAAUAACAUACAAAGUUGCAAGAAUGAAGAGUACACCAUGAGUCUGAGACCGUAAUCCAACACCUCCAGCAGCUCAGAGCUGGAAGGAGGGUCAGGCUGCUAGGAUUCCGCGGAAACAAACAGCGCAGUAAUUCGAAAACUUGACCAGUCCUUCGGAGGCUGGGUCUGGAGUCUGGACACCUCCGAUCGAGGGGCUUGUGCUAAGCUAGCUCAGCAAGCGAAUUCUGUC